AUGGAAAUUAUUACAACUCCUAACUUCAAUCCCAUUUGUCUGCUCCCGAAACUAUCCAGGAUUCCAGGGUUCUUGAACAUUUUAUGGGUGUCUUCACCAUCAAUUUGCCCAUGUAAGAGAAGAACCCAAUCGAGUUUUUGUAGUUCAAUAAAGCUCAAUUGCUUCAUCAGCGGGAAGAGGCUCUCCAAGAGAAGAAAAUUUUCGCUAAUUCGGGCUUGUGUGGUUCCCAAUGAUGGAACGAAACAUAAUCUAAACUUAGAAUUUGUGAAUUCCACAAAACGUGGUGCUAAACACUAUGUUGUGAAGCAAAUUUUGGAUGAUUCAUCAUCAUCUGAAAGUUCAAUUCCUUUGAGCUCUUCAAAUAGCUUUACUAACUUCAGAGAGGACCCGAUUGUAGAUAAGCUUAGAACUCAACUUGGGGUCAUACACCCUAUCCCUUCACCUCCUAUAAAUCGAAACAUUGUUGGAUUAUUUGUAUUCUUUUUCUUUGUCGGAGUUGUGUUCGAUAAAAUUUGGACAUCAAGAAAAAAGAGCAAAUCAAGGGAUGAAGGGACACCAGGGAUAUGGCCACAGGUUCCCACUAGUUUUUCUUUGUUCCUUGAGAAAGAUUUGCAGAGAAAAGAGUCAGUAGAGUGGGUUAACAUGGUGUUGGGGAAGUUAUGGAAGGUUUAUAGAGGUGGACUUGAAAAUUGGGUAAUUGGGUUGCUUCAACCAGUUAUUGAUAACCUAAAGAAACCUGAUUAUGUGGAGAGAGUUGAAAUAAAACAAUUCUCAUUAGGGAAUGAACCAUUAUCUGUUAGGAAUGUUGAACGCAGAACUUCUCGUCGUGUCAAUGAUUUACAGUACCAAAUAGGACUUCGUUACACUGGUGGGGCCCGUAUGCUUUUAAUGCUAUCACUAAAAUUUGGCAUAGUUCCAAUAAAGGUCCCUGUGGGUGUUAGAGAUUUUGACAUUGAUGGAGAACUUUGGGUUAAAUUGAGGUUGAUUCCAUCAGAGCCAUGGGUGGGAGCUGUUUCAUGGGCUUUUGUUUCACUUCCAAAAAUUAAAUUUGAAUUGUCACCUUUUCGCUUGUUUAAUUUAAUGGCCAUCCCUGUGCUCUCCAUGUUUUUGACAAAACUUUUGACUGAGGAUUUGCCACGGCUAUUUGUUCGCCCCAACAAGAUUGUAUUAGACUUUCAAAAAGGAAAAGCAGUGGGCCCCAUUCGAAAUGAUUUCAAGACAGGAGAAAUGCAAGAAGGAAAUAAAGAUUUUGUUGGUGAAUUAUCAGUUACUCUUGUUGAUGCUCGAAAGCUCUCUUAUGCCUUCUUUGGAAAAACGGAUCCGUAUGUUGUUCUAAGGCUUGGAGAUCAAGUAAUACGUAGCAAAAAGAACAGUCAAACAACUGUCAUUGGGCCUCCUGGUGAGCCAAUAUGGAAUCAGGAUUUUUACAUGCUAGUUACAAACCCUAGAAGACAAAAAUUGUCGAUUCAAGUGAAGGAUGCUCUUGGAUUUGCAGAUACGACUGUUGGCACAGGAGAGGUUGAUCUUGGAUCUUUAAAAGACACGGUUCCAACAGACAAAAUUGUAGCCCUUCGAGGAGGGUGGGGCCUAUUCAGAAAAGGAUAUGCUGGAGAGAUUCUUCUUAGAUUAACAUAUAAAGCAUACGUUGAAGAUGAAGAAGACGAAAAGACUGAAUCCACAAAAAAAGAUACAGAUGCAUCGGAUGAUGAAUUGUCUGAUUUAGAACAAGCUGCUCUUACAUAUGGGCAACGUGUAAGUGAUAUAUCAAAUGGAACCAGUAAAGAACCUUUCAUGGAUGUUUUAGCAGCUCUACUUGUUAGUGAAGAGUUUCAAGGCAUUGUGGCUUCUGAAACAGCAAAUGCUAAAUCUUCUAAUGAUUUUAUCAACUCCGAGUUAAAAGAGAGAUCACGUGGUGCAGUUGUAGCACCCGAAGUUUCUGAUUCUCAGAGUGGGUCUAGAGAGUCGGUGUUGAUUUGGCUUGCUGUGAUCACGACUUCGGGUUUUAUAGUUAACUCCACGACUUCUCCACAAAUGUGGGAGUUGAAAAUUUAAUUGCUUCAUCAAGAAGAGAAUGUUUGUUAUUGUUUGGCGGCUUGAAUUGAGUAAUUUGUCGAGAGCAUAAAGUGAUUAUUUUUUGUCAUAUUUUUUUUAUCAACUUGUAGCAUUUUUUGUUACAUAUAUGGUAUUUGGUAUGGUUAUGUAGAUUCCCAACCUUAUAGGCUUGAAAAUGAGUAAUUUGUCGAGAGCAUAAAGUGAUUAUUUUUUGUCAUAUUAUUUUUUAUCAACUUGUAGC